UAAAAGAGCCUCUUGGAACUCACUCCUGGAGAAGUAUCUUGUUGAUCUGUUGCAUGAGCACAACACCAUUCACUAUAGGGGUCAAAAUGGAUGGUCUUCAGAAGCCUGGAACAAAAUCGUGAAGGAGUUUCAUCAAAAAAAUACUUAUGUAUCAUACACAAAGAGCCAAAUCCAAGAAAAAGAGAAGGAGUUGAAAAGAGAGUAUCGAAUGCUCAAAGAGGCGAGGAUGUAAAGUGGAGUAGGAUGGAAUGAUACAAGGUCUAUGAUUGAAGCAGAAGAUGCUCUUUGGGACAACCUGGUCAUUUCAUUCCCCAAAAUAAAAAGGUUCAAAACCAAGUCAUUUCCUUUGUUUGAUGCCCUGGGGGAGUUGUAUGAUGGGAAAAUAGCUGAAGGGACCUAUAAUGUCAAUUCUACCCAGCCACCAAAAUAUCCAGAUCUUACACAAGCAGAUGAUGGAGAUGAGCUCAGUCACACUGAGCGUGAAUUUCCAAGGUUUGAAGAGACUUGGGCUUACAAUGUAGAACAAGAUGCAGACUUGACAGAGCACAUCACAAUCGGGGAUGAAGAUGGAAGUGUGGCAAGGACUGAGGCAAGGACGGAUGAAAGUGUGGCAAGGACGGAGGCACGGACGGAUGAAAGUGUGGCAAGAACUAACCCAAGGACAAACAAGAGAGCUACUGCUGCUACAGACAGAAACAAGGAAGAGAAAGAGACUAAGAAGCCAAAGGAGCAAAGUAGCAAUGAGAUCGCGGGAAGUAUGGACAGGUACAUCGAGAUGAGGGAAAAGCAGUUUGCUAUAGAAUCUGCCCUGUUGGCAGGUGAGAAGAAGGGUGCUCAAAGUGGAGAUUACUCGAUCAAGAGAUGCAUCUCUGAAAUGAUGACAAUGGCAUUGUCAACCGAUGAGAAAGCUCCAGCGGGUGAUGUAUUCAAAGAUCCAGAUAACAGAGAAAUCUUCUUGAGCUCAAAAGAGGAUGAUCCCGAAGUAGCUCUGGUUUGGUUAAAGAAAGCACUGGCCAAACUAUCAUAAGUGGCCUGAAGGUAU